AUGUCUUCCUCGGCAUCAUCGGUCCCGAUAUCUGCUGUGCCGGCCACAAAUGAGACCUUGACCACCGGGUCGGCGCCCACCAAACAGGAUGGGGCUGGUCGCAAGGCGGCUAUAGCUCCGUGAGUUCGGCUUAGCUGCAUGAACCAAACGAUCGAGACUGAUCAAAGUUGCUCGGAUGCAACACAUGCGCCGCCACUAUGUACUUGGUAUCGUUCAGUAUACGGCUUGUCGGCGGCGUCAAGCCACGGUCGGGAAUUCAAUUCACAUUCAGAGGGCAGAAGGACCUGGCCGCGGCCAAAGCAUCGGCCUACGGAACGCGCAACACUUCUACAAUAACCACAAUGGCUGACAAGCCAGCGCAUCAAGCAGGCAUCAUCGGGCCAUCCACGCGUGAGUGCUUUGGCUCUCGCGGGCAGCUGCGACUGAUUGAUGCUUACGCGGGACGGGCGAACUGAUCCAUUCACAUCUGACCUCGUGCCGUUCGCAGCCUCACCUCCCCCCAAAGCUGGAAAAGUGCCGUUCGCUAGUAGCACUUCCCCUCGCAAGAAGAUGGCCAACUCGCCUGGGAAAGCAACGGCGGCACUUCGGGACCCUCUAAUCGACCCGGAAGAUGCUAAGGCUCGUCAGCAGUUAUACGAGGAAUCGGUCGGCGGCGGUCAGUCUUGUUCGCUGAAUCAGCCGGAGAAAGGGGAUGCACACACGCCUGCUUUCACAAGUACUAUUAUGGCGUCCAGAGAAGCCGGCCGUCCCCGUGGCUUUCGGCAUAUCAGCGGGGAACGUCCGAUGACACCAGAACCUUUCGACGACAGUGGGCGAGAGGAGGGCGAAUUGGAUGACGAUCCGGACCCACGGCGUUCGCGGUCCCCUCGAGUGACCGUGCCCCCGAGUCGACACAGCGAAGAAUCUCUAUCGGUCAAUAGCUCAAGUUGGGGGUCACGAAUCAAUCGCGGAGCGAAGGAAGAAAAUUAUAGACACGCGAAAGAUGAUCGCAAGCGCUCCGACACUCGGCUUCCGACCCACGAUGCUGCCACCGGGCGAGGCGAAGCAGCACCCCGCCACCCACAAAAGGAUUCUUCGCGUCGCCGUUCACACGGUGAAAUAUAUCCCCAAUAUCAUGAACCCUCGGAAGGGGGCGAUGGUUGGUCCAGGCCUUCGAGAUCACCGCGAGUUCGAGAUGGGGAUCGGCGCCGCUCCCGAAGUCGGGAUGAUGAUCGACGCAAGCGCCCUAGAGAUGAUGAUAGAGGUGAGCAUGCUCCAAGUAGCAAACGAAUGAGCAAUGUGGAGUGGCGGACACCUGGGCAUAUGGUCGGUAGGGAUGGGGCUUGUGGUCGUCGAGACGAUCGAGACGACCACUUUCGAUCGAAGUCCAGACGGCAACCGUCUCGAUCACCCAGGUCGCCUUCGCGAUCCCGGUCCCGAUCACCUCAGCCGCGCAUAUCCUUGGCUCGCAACACGGCUUUGGGCCCAAGCCAUUCCACCAACAAUGUUCAUCCGCAACAGUUUGCUGCCACUCAAGUCCGCCGGCCACACUCGCCGAUCGGCCGUGCGCAAAGCCGUUUCUCAGAUUUGCCUGCCCCUACAAAAGGUCGCUACAAUGAGACGUUCUCGCUGCUUGCGGUUGAGCGACAAGCGGACGAAAGCGGUGCUUUUUCCGGAGUCGUAGCCAGUCCCAUAUCUCGACCGCGGCCAGGAUCGCCGCUUCGACCCAGUGAUCUUAAUUCGCCGGGACUUGAGACAGGUAGCGAACAAGCAGCGCCGCGCAUCACCAAGAACGAGUCUACUCCGGCCUCCACCUCUCCUCCACCUUUAGAUCCUUCAUCGUCAACUGAUCACUUUGAGGCCGACAGGGAACCUGUACUGCGGGGCGGCCGACGAACUCAUGUACGUGACACCGAGCUUUGGGUUCGAGAUGAGACUCGUGUUGGUCUCAACGGCGGCGAGGCCCACGACGAGGAUGCACAAGACGCUGGUAUCGAGCUGGUCGGGUCGUCGUCCAUCGAUGCAUAUCGUCUUCAGCGCAAGCUAGGUGAGGGAACCUUUGGUGUCGUAUCGUUGGGAACACGGGGUAAAAGCGACAUUUCAGAUGGGGAACAACGUCGCGAAGAGGUAUUGGUAGCGCGCGGUCUCAAAGUGCGACACGGUGAUUGCGUCGCUUUGAAGAAGAUCAUACUCCACAACGAAAGCGAUGGGGUGAGUUCAGCUAGAAGUAUUUAUUACCACGCGGGGCUGGGCUGACCUCUCACUGAGUCGAGGAUGCAGAUGCCCAUUACGUCGCUGCGCGAGAUCCGCAUUUUGAAGGCACUGAACCAUUCGGCGGUGGUUCCAGUCGUUGAUAUGGCGUACGAGAAUGGCAAGUCCAACAGUGUGGUCGAUUUGGACAUCGUGAGGGUAUAGCUGAUAUUUUGUGCUGGUGUCUGCUCCAAUAGGCGAUCCAGCGCACUACAAGCUCGGAUCGACAUGUAUGGUGUUCCCUUACAUGGAUCAUGAUCUUGCCGGUCUCCUCGAGAACCCUAAAGUCAAGCUCGAAGUGUGGCACAUCAAGCAGUAUGCAAAGCAGUUGCUUGAGGGGACAGAUUACCUCCAUGAAGUAUGCCCUUUCGCCCCUCAUCUUCCGCUUCUUGCGUUCUGCUGAUUGCCACCUCCUCGACGUGGCGCCUUUCAGAAUGGCCUUCUCCAUCGCGACAUGAAGGCGGCGAACCUCCUCAUCAGCAACAAAGGCGAUCUCAUGAUUGCAGACUUCGGCCUUGCUCGAAGCCUUCGAAAGGAAGCAAACACGAAAGGCUACACGAAUUGUGUGGUGACAAGAUGGUAUCGGCCUCCGGAAUUGCUCUUGGGCCAGACGCAGUACCACACGGCCGUUGACAUGUGGGGAGUGGGGUGAGCACAGCCUCUGACUCUUGCUUUUGGUGGUUGGUGGCAAACGAUUCGACUUCUCACUGUGAUUUUAAUGAUGUAGAUGCGUAUUGGCGGAGAUGUUUCACAAGCGGCCCAUCUUUCCAGGUGACUCGGACACGAAUCAAAUCGUCCUCAUUGCAAAGUGCGUGCUUGUGCGCCUGUACUCAAGCAUCUGACUCUGGGCGCUGACAGCAGUUUCGGGUGCUUAAUGGCGUGGCUUGGAAGGUGGUGCGGCGCUCCUAGUGAACGGAGCAUGCCCGGGUUCAACGAACUGCCCGGGUGCGAAGGAGUCAAAGAUUUUUCGGGUCCGCCCAAUAAUGACGAAAUUCGGAAUCGAGCAAUCAAGUGAGUAAGCCGCAGUCCUUUCUUUCGUCCGAAGUCAUCUGACGGCAGGGUAGCAUUUCCUCUGAUAAACUAGAUGGGAAGCGGGCGAGACAUUUGGCGACCUUCUCGCACACAUACUCGUGCUCGACCCCGAUCGGCGCCUGACAGCCCGCCAGGCGCUCGAUCACGAUUGGUUCUGGACGGAGCCCUACCCCGCUGAACGUUGGGCGAUACCACAAUGGGAAUCCUCUCACGAGAUGGACAAGCGACAACGAGACGAGCAGCAGCAACAACAGCAAAAGCAAGAUAGACGACAUCGAGCUCCAGGACCAGUGCUGGCGCCGCGACAGAACGGGGGGCCCGUUCAAACUGGUAGCGCGCAUGGGGCGCAGACGCUUUGGCCCAACCCGCCCCAGCCACCUAUCCGACAGCACCAACCGAUGCAAGCCGCCCCGUACUACGACGCUUACCCUUCGGGAGGGCCCAGCUGGAUCCAAUCGGCGCACUCCAAUCAGCAGCGUUCGAACGGAAGUGCGCCUGCCCCUGCGACUAAGACUAGAAUGAGCAUGGCCGACAUGAUGAAGCGAUGA